AUGGGGAAUCGAGACUCAAAACCACUCAGUAAUGACGCUGAAAAAAAGUUUCUUGCUGCCAUCAAAAGUGAAAUAAUAAAACGAUACUCAGACACGAUACAACGCAAACUCCAGCAGUAUUUCGACGGUUUUGCCGAAAUUGGGAAAGAUUCGGCUCGUGGACGAAAUUACAAAAGCGAGCACCUUCUCAAGUACUACCAAGAACUGUUCUACUUACUAGUCAAAAAGUACACAUCAGACACCAAGCAGCUACAGCAGUCAAUGUCGGAAACGAAGGAGAUACGUGUUGAAGGUUCCCCAGAGCAGCUCUUGAACUCCUUGCAGGGCGAGGCAUCUUCUAGUAGCACAACUGACAAUGGAACAAGUACAACUACAAAGAAGUUGUGGAAGAAGCUGUGUGGAGAAGUAGAAGAAAAUCUAAAUGGAUGUAGAGAGUAUUUCAAGAGCGAAGGGAACGCGUUGAUAAAUGAUGUUUUUGGGUCGUUGAAGGGGAACGACGACCAUGUGCAGAGCAUUGAACCCGAAGGCGAACAACAUCUGCGGACGAGACAUCAAGUCGACAAGUUUACGCUUCGAAGAUCAAAGAGUGCGACCCCUUUCGUGAUGUUGAGGAGAGGCCGCGUGUUCCGCCAACAAGUUGCCGGAUUUAACUACUUCGACCUCGGCGCCGUUCUAGUCGUACCAUUCGAAGGAGAGUACCAGAAGAACCCGAUUAGGGGCAGAAUCGACACAUGGAACUACUUCGAGGUGGACGCGCUGAUGCUGUUGGGGGAGGUUCGGCUAAAAGGGUCGUGGGACUAUCUGCACCCCAUGACGUGGCCCAAACAGGAAGGGCUCUCAGAUUAUGAAGUGUUUAUGAAAGGACACAAUACACAAAAGGAAGCUCCUGAGAAUAUCUUGGGGGAGUUACAUAUCUCCUUGGAACCCUCAGAUAGGAAUAGAAAAGACGUAGCUACUUCAAGUACAAGGUGAGUCAUAUGAUCGCCUUGCACCUUUGUAGAACUACUUCCUGAGUUACGGCAGCUGCUGCAUUGCUUGGCUUGACUGCAGUUGAUAACGGCACGAGAGCGAUUCUGCGACGCGCACCGCUGCAAGCUCCCAAGGUGCAUGCGCUUACUUUAAUCUUUCUCCUUGUUCAUAUCAUGCAUGCCAUAUUUGACACUUCAGACUCUGCUGCACUUGUAGGAGUAGCGUAGAAUGUAGAAGCACAGGCGCGAAUACAUCCCGACUUCGUCACCGUCGCGCCACGCCCCUCGUUGUCCAGCGCCGUCCUUCAGUCUUUCACUUUGUUGCUCUCUUUGCCCACUUCAGUGCUUGUCUAUGGCUAUGUCUGCCAGCUCGUCGCCGUCUGGUUCUGGAUCAGUAUCACUCUCGUGGCCGUGCUAUCGUCUUCGUCGUGCUCGUGUAGAGGAAGAAGGCGGUCGUCUUUUGCUGUUGCUGUUCAUGUUCUUGCUGUUGUUGUUGUUUUGCUUUGGGUCUGAGGUCGGCGCCAGGGUAUCGAUCGCAAUUCUUUCGGCCGACUUGCCUGACACUGCUCGCCGUUGCUUUUCAUAGGGGUACUCGCAUUAUACUCAUAGACACCUGCAAGAGUUAGAGUAUGCUAAGAGCAAGAGCGUGGCGCGCUAGUAGUCUUAAGGUUAGCAGUGCCACUAGAGUCUAGGCUUAGGCCUGCGCUUACACUCCCAGGAAAGCCCUCCCAAAGUCAUUGCCAUAAGCUUGAGACUAAGUAAGCAUAACAAAAACAAACGCAAAAACAUGAAUAGCAACACAUACCAAGCCAAGGGCAAAGGCUGCGCCUGUGGAUGUGAGCGCGAAAGCUUGAGCCAGCCUGGUCUUCUCUGAUUCUGUCCAUCACCUUGAGCGUAUAACUGCUGACGCAGAGACUGACAUGCGCCGCCUUCGCUUUCUCCUUCGCGUUAAUCUUUAUCCCUUACUUCCUCGCACUCACCAUGGACGCGGAUCACGUGCGGACCGCGGUGAGCCGACAUCGCGCGACUUGUUCGGCUUUGGCGGUGCGUGCGUUUAUCGAAGACGCGCUCGCGACAUAUCCCCAGGCUUGACAAAAGCGCAGGGAAGGAAUUGGCUACCUGGCGCGCUCUGUUUAGGAGUGUCUGCCGAUGCUAGAAAGCGGGCCAAUCAGUUUUGGAUAUGUUUUUGGAUAAGUUUUCAGCCAUGUGGUCGCGAGAGUCUUUGAAUGAACCGUCAGGAAGAACCUGAAAGAUAGAAGUAGGGCAGUAGCGUCGUUCCCUGUCAGUUUGAUUGUUGAAGUCUGUGCGUAUUUUGUGGCUGUUUUUGAACGAAGUAAGAAGAAGGAAGCAAGGGAAAGCGAAAGAAAAGCAGCUAAGGCAGGAGCUGCCUCGUAGGUUUUUCUGAAGUCGUGCAACGACGAAACAAGAGCGAGAGGCCCAGGCUUGGCGAUGGAUAGGGUGCCGUCGGUUUCUUCGAAUGAUUUCUGAACCUUCUAAGCAAGUAGCUCCACGCAAUAAGAAAACAAACCGGCGAACUUCGUCGGUUUUGUUUGCCCCGCCCCCGCGAAGGUGCUUCCUCAUCGUUCCACUUCGGGAGCGCUUCGUCUGAUCUCUUUCGAGAUUCAUUCUCUUGCUCGGUCUAGUUGGCAUCAACUAGAUUCGCCACUUGCUUACACUGUUGGACGCACGAAAAAGCAAGGAAGUACAGCCAAAGUCUUGGGCGUGGUUCGGUUCGCUGCAGCUCAGCUGGCGAGGUUCGUUCAAGUGUUGGCUGGCUUCUCCUCUGACGACUUGGAGCAGGUCGCUCCGGGUGGCCAGUCUGAAGAUGUUCGUGAAAAGUGUCGCAGUCCAAGGCACGGCCUCCAAUCGGGUGCUUCAUCGGCGGCGAUUUGGUGACGGAGAGGAAGUCCAAGGACUAUCUUCUGUCUUCGGUCGCAAAUAUUGGAGGCGAUCUCCUCGAAGAUGAAGAUCCGCCCGAACUAUAUGGCGCGCAAGAUCUGGCUGGCUGUGUCUACUAGUCAGGAGAAGCAUCGUCGAAGCAGCUCGUGAAGAUCGGCGCCGGUUGCUACUGCAUAGGGCGGGCGGACGUGAUUACGGACACCCCCGGAAGCCUGUUCCUGUCUAUUUUUGACCUGCUUGAAAGGUCCCACCCUUUGACCCAGCUCAGACUCCUUACCCAAAGAAACAGCGCAAAUCUUUGCAGCUGCUGCCUGCUUUCGAGCUGCGCGAAAGGUGUCACCCUUUGACGUAGCUCAGACUUGUUAUCCAAAAAGCGCAACGCUAUGCCGCUGCUGUCUGCGUUUGAGCUGCUUGAAAGGUCUCACCCUUUGACGCCGCUCGGACUCCUUACCCAAAAGGCGCAGCUUUAUGGGAUUGCUUUCUACUUUUGGCUUGCUUGAAAGGUCUCACCUUUUGAGCCAGCUCAGGCGCCUUAUCCAAAGCGCGCAACUUUAUGAAGUUGCUGCCUACUUUGGACCUGCUUGAAAGGUCCCACCCUUUGAGCCCGCUCAGACUCCUUAGCCUUAAAGCGCAACUUUAUCGGUCGGAUUGCUGUCCACUUUUGAGGUGCUUGAAAGGUCCCAGCCUUUGAGUUUGAGCCAGCUCAGACUUCUUAUGCAAAAGGCGCAGCCUUAUGGGGUUGCUGUCUACUUUUGACCUGCUUGAGCUGAGCGGCCCCACCCUUUGAGUCAGCUCCACGCCCCGUAUCCAAAGCGCGCACUUUUAUGCAGUCGCUGUCUACUUUUGACCUGCUUGAAAGGUCUGACCCUUUGAGCCAGCUCAGGCGCCUUACCCAAAAAGCAAGCAGAAGCUAACUUGCUCAGCGUGUAGCUGCUGGGUGCUUGCCUCUGUUUGCAUUUCUUUGCUUGCAUGUGUGCCCUUAUUGUAGCACAUACGCAGACGCAGCGGAUUCCCUUCAUGAGAUGACUAGCAUCAGGCUGAGGCGCUUUGCUCUUCGUUUUUUGUCCAUGCAGCGCAGUCCCUGGCCUGUGCUGUUGGUUCAGGGUUUUGAGGUACUGCCGAAAGCCUUAGCAGGAGCAGAACCACGGGAAAGCUGUACUCAAAAGCGUGGCACUUUUACGGCGCGAGAUGUAUACGCCUAGCCUGUACACCUUUCCCAUGAUUUCCGUACAUCUCAAAAAAGUAGAAUUUUGGAAACCUACUGUAGGCACAUCUCAAGGGUACGCCUUUCCCGUGAUUUGCGUGCAGGGUAUAUAUCUCGAGAUAUAUAUCUCAGACGUAUACAUCUCGCCCGUACAUCUUUGCCAUGAUUUGCGUACAUCUAAAGCCGUAAGCCCACUCCUGCUCAGCAUUGAGGGGAAGCCUUGGCUUAUUAUGUAGAUAGUUAUAGUAUAAGCCUCACGGCAGUACUAUGGGCAGCGGUAGCAGUGUUAGGGUAGACUGUUCGACGAGACUCCGGGCUCCGCCGCAUCUUCAGGAGAGCGUGAGUGUGGGAGUGCGGCUGUCAUAAACUUAGUUAGGAGCAAAGAAGCCCCUUCAUUCUUUUCGUGACAGUAUGCGUCGAAGGCGUAGCUGGCUUUGAGUUUGAAAGUAAACGCAAAACCGUGCCAGCCGUUCUGCUCUAGUGAUAAAGAGAGCGCUACUCCAGGAGCCUCCUCCCUCGGUCGUUUUGUUUGGUUAUUAUAAGGCGCGCGGUAGCACUAGCAGUAGCAGGCAGCACCAUCCGAGGCCUCUAGGCGAUGGGGGUCUGUUCGUUUCGGGUGUUUCGAGUAAGUUCGGCAGCGUUAUUACAGAGAGAGACGCGCUGGGCUUAUUUUUGGUUGGUGAGUGUGUAUGUGAUGAAUUCGGGGCGCAGCUGCCUGAAGUCCUGAGAUGAAGACGAUGGCGAUCGUGAUGGUGAAGGCGUUUAACCGUUUAGGUUGAUGACCUUGAUCCCCGUAAGCGUGUCGCUCGCUGUGCGUGUGGUCGGUGUCGGUUCUGGGUCGGCGUCAGAGCUCGGAAGACGGUGCCCGCUGAUAGCAGGAGGGGCACGGGUAGGCGCGUGGCCUGCUUCUGCGUCUUUGGUGCUGUCGUAGGCGUUGCUGCCCUCACUUGCAUGCUUAGGCUGUCGCUUUUAGAAUGUAGCACGCUUAUAGGCUUAGACGCUGGCGCCUGUCUUUGUGGUAGUUGAUCUUGAUGUUGGCCGGGGUCGAUGGUCUUCUUCUGGUUUUGAUUUCUUUUCACUUCAUGAAACCGAAUCAGGCGGGGAGCCUGGAGAGGGGGGCGGCUUACUUGUAGAAGCAUGUCCACGCGGGCGCGCUGAGGUUCGUUGAACUUCAGCGAGAUAGCUAGUAGGUGCCAGGUCAGGGCCAGGGUCAGGGAGCAGCUAUUAGAUUUAGAAGCGAGCUGCUCGCGUGCUUGUUACUAACUUGCCAGAUUGGCUCAGUGGGCAAGUGCUUCCACUCCGCUCCGGAGGGUCUCUGACUGGCUCGAAUCUUGGAGGGGAGUCGACUGCCAGGAAGGUGGCCGCCAGGCUGGUCGCCGCCCCAUACCCAGGGGGAAAAACAUAGGGACCGCGCUGCGCCAGACAGUGCCAGCGGGGAGACCGAUGAGACCCCGGGGAGCCCUCGGAGGAGCUGGCGGCCCCUCGCCCGCGCGGUCCUCUCUCUCUCUUUGUCGCAGCUGUAGAGUAAGCACGAGUAGGCUCUCGCUCUGUCUCUCGUAGCUGUAGAGUAAGCAGGAGGGGCCCCUCUGUCUGUCUCAGCUGUAGAGUGAGCAGUAGUAGCCUCUCUGUCUCUCGCAGCUGUAGAGUAAAGUCUCCUUGCUUCUCGCAGCUGUAGAGCUGUAGGGGAGGUAGUAGUAGUCCCUCUGUCUCUCGCAGCUGUAGAGUAAGCAAUAGUAGAGACUGCGAGGGAGUAGGAGUGGCCAUGCUUGCAGUCAGGCCAUUAGGCCUCGGCUGGCGUCGCUGAGUGUUGUAAUUGCUUUCCUUAUGAAGCUCCAAACUCAAACGCCAUCACUGUGGUGGUAGCCUCAGCCAGGUUUAGAAGUAUAAGGGUAGGGACGUGCGUGGCGAUGGUGUAGGAAGAAGCUGAGCGGGGGCCAGUGUUGCCGGCUUCUGCGCAAGGCGCUGCCGCUAGGAAUCGCCGGCAGUGAUGACAAGCAACAGCUUCGCCCGCGUGUUGUAGUUAGGCGCAGAGUUAGACUUAGUGGCGCUGGCGUCCUGAUCUCGUGCAAGCUCAAGCAUUCAGGUCCACACUCUCACUCACGCCCAUGCGAUGCCAUUUCUUACUCGUUCACUCUUACCGUGGCGCUAAUCGCCUCACGGUGGUGCCAUUAAUGGGCCUAAGUCUGCGCGUAAGUGUAACUAUAGAAAUAGCUGCGCCAUUUAUUAGCAUUAGCGUCGCGGCCAAUGAGUAAGCUGUAGCUGUUGCCGUUUGCUUUGAUUUUUUCACUCCUUUGCGCAGGAGAAAUAGAGAAAAGGGCUGGAAGUGGAAAGAUUGGGCGCCAGAGGGAGAGGCAUCGCGUAGGAGCUAGCAGGGCUAUCAACGUCAUGGCUUCGCUCUUGGCAGUAGCUCAACCGCACCCAGCCCCAGACCCACACCCACAGCCGCAACUACUACCACAAAGGCCAACAGCUCGAGCAUCUGCCGUCGUCUCUACUCCAGGCUCAAUCAGCAUCCAGCAACAUGAAAAGCGCCAGCGGCAUUGUCUGACUCGGCUCGCGGUGGGAGUGCGUAGCGCGGUGGCCAUAGUAUGGCGCGCACCUGCAGGGGUGCUUGCAUUUGCGCACGCACUCCCACUCGCUCGCAGUCGCGCUCGAAGGGUAGUCUGGUGGCUGAGUGUAUAGGUUUGGGAUUAGGUAUGCGAAUAGGCGAAGCCGCAAGGUUUUUCUUUUUGUGCCAUUGGAGAUGGAGAACAAGAGGGCGCGGCCCACGAGCAUGGAGGGAGUGGUAGAAGAGGUUGGCCUAGUCUAGCCCUUGCGCCUUGCCUCCACUUUCUCGGUUCUUCAGAAGAGAGCCCGGCUCGUGUAAGGCCGUGGCUCUAGUUCAGUUUAGAGCCGUAGCUCUAGGGCUGCCUGAGCUCUUGGGCUACAUGCUGACGGAAGUCGGGCCACAUUCUUAGCGUGUGGAGUGCGAGUAGGUCUGGGUGUGUGGGGCGCUAUGUGAGGCGGUGUAGUUGGACGCGUCUCCAGAUACUAGCGCGAUUCCCAUUGGUGUGGCCGCGUCACUAAGAGCGUUACCGACAGCGAUUGCAACAGCCUGACGCAAUCGCCAGAAGAUAGCGAAUCUCUAAAGAUAGAAAAGCGUCGAGCUGUCACUGGCUUGGCUUUGGGCACUGAGUAGGUUGGGAUAUAUUUGGGGUCGAAGUCCUUGCCUUGUCCCUGCGCAGGAUAGUGGUCGCGGCUGGGUCUCAGUAUGUAGUGAUGAGAUUAAGAAACAACGCGAGAGCUACCCUGGUCUAUUUCAUUGGUUUAGGACUCAGUAGCUGCGACUCUGACUCGCGGCGGCGUGAUGGGGAAAAGUGUAGCACUCGACUCAUAGGGCGUAGCUCGUCCCUGAGUAGAAGUAGAGGCACAGGGGCCCACCUUCGUCCGCUUCAUGCUCGUACAUAGCGCGCGCGCCUGGUGGUAGCCACCAGGACCAGAGGAGGCCAGGGAGAGCGUUAAAGCCUCUACUGCGUCACGAGCAUGCAUUUGGGUGAACGAGAACACUGUGCGGCGCAUGACGUCCCAGCUUGACACUGUUGCGCUUGAUGUGUAAAAGAAGUCGCGCCGGCGUCUAUGGAAAAUAUGUUGUCAGAUGUUGCGCCUGAAGAAAGUGCGUUUCAAUAGUGUUGGGGCGGUGUGUGAAGUGAGAAUGAGCAAGUGCUCCUGUUCGUAACAGUAAGACGAAAAGAGUGAUCAAGAGGAGUGAGAGGAAUACCGUAUUGGAGAGAAAUUACGAUGUUGCAUCCCGGUGCGUCUAGAGAAUAUCUACGGAUCCUAAGAAAUUGUCCAGAACUUCCUUUUGGGUCCUUAUCUUUCUAUAAACGUGGUACAGCCACCACUACGAGAAUCCCAGCUCACAGUGUCUCAUCUCACCUUUGCAGAGCGGUCGUCAUUUUUGCAGACCCGGAGCUUCGAGACAUUUCUGAAAGAUGCAGGUUUUCACUUUUUUAAUUCGCUUGAAAAUGAAGUUCUUGACUUUGAAAUUAUACAUAGUGCGCUCAGUGGUCAUAGUCUGAAACUAAGAAGAAUCAUAGCGAUACCGAGCUCGAAGGUGUUGCGUUUUCUGUUUUGGCAGACUAUAAUAUUAUACGAUUGACUAUUACUAGUAAGCACUAGAAAUGAUCUGUGUGUCUGUGUUUCAGUUUCUUAUUCUUGAUCCAUGAAAUUGAAAAAUUGUCAUCUUAUUAAGGGUUACCACAUUGCAUCCUUCACUACCAUCCUUGACUUUUUUUCCAGUAGGGAAAGGGUCAGGGAUGAUCUGAAGAAUGCAAUGUCGCAACCUCUAACCUUAGUUAUGAAUCAACAGAGAAUCUAAGUCAUUUUCUUUCAUCAUCAGUAGCAACAGUCACUGUCAUCACAGUCUCCCCUUCAUCAACGUCAACAUUUGAUGAAUUUUACGAUCACGUGAUCAUGAUAGGUAAUGUCCACCGUGUGGAAGGGGGGGUCAAAGUAUCUCCUGCGAACUCGAAAACAGCCGGUUUGAUACCAGCAGAAGAGCAAACCGACGUGGAGACUUUUGGUUCCGCUUCCGCAAGUAGUUCUACGGCAGUUUCAGGUCAUGGUAUUUUCUGACUUUUAUAAAGCAGAGUUGCUAGGAAUAGUAGUGAUGAAGUGACCUUGUUGAAUUGGUACAGCAAUAUGGAAGUAAUGACGUCGUUCGUUAAUCGUUAUUCUUCAUCAUUAUUUUUGUCAGCAUUUUUAUCAUUAGCGUUAUCAUUUUCAUGGAAGUGAGCUCUUUUGAAAAAAUGCCACUUGUGAAAAAAUACCACAGGAGCGGUUCACGACCAUGUCUCGAACAAGGUGAUGGAGAACACACUUCGUUCCGCUCAGCUGCAAGCCGAUACUUCUUCUAUCUCGGGAAGUAUCACAACGGAUAUUCGAGCUGCUGGAGCUGGUACUUAUGCAAGUCAUUGAGUCUAACUCUAAGUUAACGGAUUGAGACACCGCAGCAGGAGUUCAUGACUUUCAUGUUGAUGACCUUCGUUUCGAAACACCUUGUUCAAGUUUUAAGCGAUGUGGUAGAAGACAAGAAUACUUAUUUAACAACUACAGAUACCCCAACCCCAGAUGAACAUGAAGUAUGCGAGCAGGAGGGCGGCCUUCAAGAUGCAACUUCGUACACAUUUGCCCUUCGCGGCUCGCAGGUUGCCAAUAUGAUCGACAGUCCCGAAACCGAAAACCGUUUGGAGCCUAAUUCGUCGUCAGGUACUUCCGAAGCCGAAAACCGUUUGGAGGCUAAUCGCGCGUCAGGUACUUCCUACUUAGAGGUCAGUGCUAUCUCUUUCUCUUACUUUUUCACACCAGUUGGAUCAAGAUGA